AGCCGCUCUAGUCUAUUUCAUGACAUGGAGGACUAAAGCGCUGUAUGAAAUACGGCACUUCCGGUUCUGCUCCUUCCUUCCGGUGUGUCCGCCAUCAGAGCUAGCAGAAUGGCUAUCAGGUACCCCAUGGCAGUGGGCCUCAAUAAAGGCCAUCGAGUGACCAAGAACGUUGCAAAGAUCAGACACUGUCGCAGGAGAGGGCGCCUGACUAAGCACACCAAGUUUGUCCGUGACAUGAUCCGUGAAGUUUGUGGCUUUGCUCCAUAUGAGAGACGUGCUAUGGAGUUGCUGAAAGUGUCAAAGGACAAACGGGCUCUCAAAUUCAUCAAGAAGAGGAUUGGUACUCACAUUCGUGCCAAGAGAAAGAGAGAAGAACUCAGCAAUGUGUUGUCUGCCAUGAGAAAGGCUGCAGCCAAGAAGGAUUAACCUCCUGUAAAAUAGUUCUGCCACAAAUAAAAUUUCCAUAAAAGCUCA